AGGGGGACCCGGUCCCAGCGGGGAGAGCGGCGGCCGCCCCCCACCAGCGACUGAGGAGCCCCGCCGCGGGGGGAGCGGGCAGGAGGGCGGCGGACGUUUUGUGGAGGCGGGGGCCGGCGCGGCUCCGCCCGGCGAGGCGGGGCCGGUGGCCGCCAUGGCGGAGUGGGGCCGAGGUCAGAGUCCAAACGCUGUGGAGGAUAUGCUGGAUGUAGAGAACAAGCGUAUGGCAGACAGCCUGGCCAGCAAGGUCACCAGGCUGAAGUCGCUGGCCCUGGAUAUUGACAAAGAUGCUGACGAACAAAACCGUUACCUGGAUGGCAUGGAUUCAGAUUUUAUGAGCGUGACUGGCCUGCUAACUGGCAGCGUGAAGCGUUUCUCCACCAUGACGCGGUCCGGGAGGGAUAAUCGCAAGUUGCUCUGUUCUGUUUCAGCGGGACUGAUUGUUGUUUUCUUCAUCCUCUACUAUCUUGUGUCCAAAGCGGGGACUUGAGCUUGUUGUUCUGCCAGCUUUACAGAACAAAACCCAUGACGAUCGACAGACUUGUUCAACGCCUUUCUCAGUCUCCCUGCGGUGGGGUCUUUGAGAUGUUCCAGACAGACCUUCCAAAUAACUUUUCUUUCCACCAGCUUCUUGUCACUGUUCUGGCUGGUCUCAGGCAUCUCUUUAUAAAAUUAGUAUGUUUGAUUCUAAAUGGAUUUUCAUGUAUAACACGAUUUUGAUGAUGUUAAAUGCUUAUGCCUUUACCUCUUGCCUUGUUGUCCGUGUCUUGCAGCCUGGUUUUGAGGGCCGCUUUUGUGUUACCUCCCUUACUGAUAGCUGGUACUAGACUUGUGAGAAGAUGUGGCUGACAAAUCCAGAGAUUUGUCGAUGCUCAGAAGUUUAAUAAACCAGCUGAGCUUUGGAAGCUGUAGAGUUUAGGAUGCUGAUUCAUGAGAUUUGGAAGUAUGAAAGCGUGACUUACAUUCCAGCGUGGCCGCUCAGCUGAUACUGGUCUCAGUUUCUCCUUGACUUGGAGACCCAUUGAUAUCUGUGGUGUCCCCGAGUUGAAAUGAAAUCUGUACUGCUUCGAAAUGAAAGUAGCAGUAGAUCUGGACCCUGAUACUCUCUAAUUGUUGCAGUGAAGAGUUGCAGAGGAGCAAGACUUUAUUUGAAUGCUAGCUUGGUCUUCUUUAUCAUCCUUCUGGGUAAAGCUGGGGAUGCACCUUGCAGGAAAGAAGGGCCAAAGUCCAUAAGCCACCUUGAUUUACACACGUACAGUACCCUCCCCUGGUUUUACAGCCUCUCCUCUCCAGCCAGCCUCCAUUCUCCGAUGGCUGGAUGUUUCCCUUGGCCUUCCCCUGUACCCCUCAGGAAUUCCUUUGUCCUCGGACGGACCCAGGUCCAGAGCUGUAAAUGGACUGUGCUGUCCUUUGUCCCAGCUGUACCAAACUGCGAGCAGAACACUACCCGAACUGCAUUAGGUGUCUCUUUUUGCCACAUUUGGGGGAAAAAUGCGCAGGGGAGGCAAGUAGAAAGGAGGCAGCAAUGAUUUUCCAGAGAAAGUUGUUCUUCCUGCUUCUCUGGUAAGAUGUGGCAGCUCCGAACUCUUGCUGUUUGGAAGAAUGAUGGGUGAAUUGAUGGACUUUGUCUUGAUUUUCUGAAGCAGAUGACUUCUGAUGAAGGGCCACCGGAACAGCCUGGUCUUCAUAACGGUGGUGGCUUUGGGUUGCUUUUACUGUUGUAAAUAAAGCUCUGGUUUUAGAAUUUUU